AUGAAGCGACAGCUAGUAGCUGGCUGCAUUAGCAUUUCCUCUUUUUCUGUCCACAAUUUAAACAGUAAAGCACUGACAAUGGUCAGGAAGCCUUGGACUCGUAAAUCCCAGCGUUUGAAGAAAAUUCACCAGAACCCCCUGCGGGUCAGAACCACCAUGAACCGCAGCCAUCGCGCCUCGGCCCCCGGCUUCUUCAACAGGCUCCCCGCUGAGGUGAUCGACAUGAUCCUGGAUCAGUUGUCCGUGUUGGACAUCAGCGUGUUCAGCAUGGUGUCAAAGGAAAUCACCAGUUAUGUUGUGAACUACAUCUCCUCCCUCGCCUGGAAGAAUAAAACAAUCAUCCAAAGCUUUCACUGCUCCAGAAGUCUUCAACAAAGAUCCACAGCUGUGCACUACAGACAACUGGGAUUGCUGUUCAAGAGGUGUACCCUGUUGCUCCCCACAAAGGAAAGGUUAAAGUUCAUUUUUAGCAAGUUCUCACAGAUUCCCUGCUACAUGUUGGAGCAAUGCUCUUCAUCAGGCUGCAUCGGUUUCUCCAGAUUUGGCAUCUUUCUUGAGACUCUGAUCGCAGGCUGGGAUGAGCUGGAGUGUCACCGAGUGUUCAACUAUUUGUGCGAACUCACAAACCUCAUGCAGAAGACUGAGGCAGUACUCAAGACAAAACCAGGGUUGAAGGGUUACCAGGAGAAGCAGCUUCGUCUCUUCUGCCGUCAGGUUCUUUUGGACCCGUGGCUGAACCAACCAAAUUGUCAGUUCUGGCUCGUGCAGCUCUUGAAGCCCUGGCCCAUAUUCAGUCAGGCUCACCUCCUGCUCAUCCUUUAUGGACCUCUGCUGCCUGAAGGUUUCCUCGGCUGGCAGAACCUGGUUGAUACGGUUCUACCACACGAUGCUCUGCGGGACCUGGCCAACGGCAUCCACAUCCUGUUUGGUGAACUAGAAGUCAAAGGCUGGACCACAGACUCGAUGCUGGCAAUCUUGGAAGAGCUUACUGCCAUUCCUCAGCCAUGGCAUGUGGAAAAUGUGGCCCGGCUCUUGGUGCUGUGCGGCAGCAGAACUUGCUACACUAUUUUGACCAGCAAGGCUGUCAACGGCCGAUUCACAGAGAUCUCUGAACUCCUCAUCUACAUCAUCCUGGUGUGCGAGAAGGACGGCUUCUCCAUGAGCUGGGCGGUGAAGCUGGUUCAGCACAUCUACAAAUCGUUGAGCUCAGCGCCUGAAAAGUUCGUCUUCAUCCAGAAACUGGAGAACAAGUUUACAGAAAUCACCAGGGAGUUACUCGACUCUUUUUUAAUAGGAAACCACGCUGAAGACAGGGAGACUUUCCUGAUGCUGACCAUCCUCAUGGAUUCCAACGCUCACUUCCACACUUUGCUCAUCAAAACGUUGCUCAAAUAG